GCCUGUUAGCCAUUAGCUUAGCAACCGGAAAAUACGCAGAAUUGUGUCGUUUUUUUUUGAUGACAUCACCAGUCGCACAGUUGCACGAGGGGCACCGGAGAAAGUUUCAUUGCUCGCAACUGAUAGCUGAUAAUCGUCGAAAUUACAGUAUGGGGAAGCAGAAGACCAAGAAGUUUGCUGCAAUGAAGAGAAUGAUCAGUCUAAAAGAUCAGAGACUAAAAGAGAAGGACCGUGCCAAAGCAAAAGAAAAAAAGAAGAAAGAUCCCUCACAGCUCAAGCAGAGAGAAGUGACCAAGCAUCCUUCGUGUCUGUUCUUCCAGUACAACACUCAGCUCGGCCCACCUUACCACAUUCUGGUUGAUACCAAUUUCAUCAACUUUUCCAUCAAGGCCAAACUGGACAUUGUUCAGUCAAUGAUGGAUUGCCUGUACGCCAAAUGUAUUCCAUGUAUCACAGACUGUGUUAUGGCUGAGAUUGAAAAACUUGGAAUGAAAUACAGAGUCGCGCUCAGGAUAGCUAAGGAUCCUCGGUUCGAGCGCCUGCCAUGCACACACAAGGGAACAUAUGCCGAUGACUGUUUAGUCCAAAGAGUAACUCAGCAUAAAUGUUACAUCCUGGCUACUGUGGACAGAGACCUAAAGAGAAGAGUCCGGAAGAUCCCUGGAGUCCCUAUCAUGUACAUCUCAAACCACAGGUACAAUAUUGAGCGGAUGCCUGAUGACUAUGGUGCUCCAAGAUUUUAAAGUUUCUUCCACUGACCUGGACCUGUAAAUAUCAUUUGCCUUUUCUGUAUAUUGCCAAUAUUGAGAGGUUUUGGAGUUUGUUUUGAACAGGAUGUUGGAUGUAAUUUAAAUGCAAAUUGUUGGUGUUUUUCCUAAAUAUAACAAUAACGUUAUUCAUUUUGUAUUUGGAGUGCAAACACAUUUGAACUUAAUAAAUGAAUUAUUGCAGA